AUGGUGCAGUACAAUUUCAAGCGGAUCACGGUGGUCCCCACCGCCAAGGACUUUGUCGACAUCGUUCUGUCCAAAACGCAGCGCGGCACGCCGACGGUGAUCCACAAGGGCAGCGCCGUUAACAGAAUCCGUCAGUUUUACAUGCGCAAAGUCAAGUUCACGCAGCAGACGUUCCACGACAAGCUCACGACGAUUCUUGACGACUUUCCGCGGCUCGAGGAGAUCCAUCCGUUCUAUGGCGACCUCCUUAACGUGCUCUAUGAUAAGGAUCACUACAAGCUCGCGCUCGGACAGGUGAAUGUCGCUCGAGGGAUCAUUGACCGCAUCACCAAGGAGUACGUGCGCCUGCUCAAAUAUGGCGACUCGCUGUACCGUUGCAAGCAGCUCAAGCGCGCCGCGCUCGGUCGCAUGUGCACGCUCAUGCGCAAGCAGGGCCCCUCGCUCGCGUACCUCGAGCAGGUGCGGCAGCACAUGUCCCGCCUCCCGUCCAUCGAUCCCAACACGCGCACCAUCCUGGUGUGCGGGUACCCGAACGUGGGCAAGAGCUCGUUCGUGAACAAGGUGACGCGCGCGGACGUGGAGGUGCAGCCGUACGCCUUCACCACCAAGUCGCUCUUCGUGGGCCACACGGAUUACAAAUAUUUGCGCUGGCAGGUGAUCGACACCCCUGGAAUCCUGGACCACCCACUGGAGGAGCGCAACACCAUUGAGAUGCUCGCCGUCACGGCUCUGGCGCACCUGAGGGCAGCCGUGCUGUUUGUGGUGGACGCGUCUGGCAGCUGCGGGUAUACACUCGAGCAGCAGGCGGCUCUUUUUAACUCCAUUAAGCCCCUCUUCCUGAACAAGCCGCUCAUGGUGGUGUGCAACAAGGUGGAUCUGCAGCCGCUCGAAACGCUCUCGGAAGCCGACAGGAAGGUUCUGCAAGAGAUGGCGGCUGAAGCCGCCCGGUGCGGCGGCCCCGGCAUCGCUCCUCCUCUUGCUGCUGAGGGAGGCGAGGGGGCGAUGGAGGCGGUGAUGGGUGACGGUGAUGGCACGGGGUGUCUGCUCACCAUGAGCACCAUGACUGAUGUGAAUGUUGCUGCUGUUAAGAAUGCCGCAUGUGAACGACUGCUGCAGAUGCGCGUAGAGGCCAAGAUGCGCAGCAAGAGGGUGGAGGACGUGGCGAACCGAAUCCACGUGGCCAUGCCUCGCCCGCGCGACAGCAAGCCGCGCCCGCCAGUCAUCCCACAGGCUGUUCUCGACCGGCAGGCCAAGGGCGUCAAACCCUCCGAGGGGUGCAAGCUGGAGAAGGAUUAUCAAGAGGAGCUGGGCGGCGCGGGCGCCUACGUGGCGGACCACACGCGGCCGUACCUGUUGGGCGACGACACGUGGCGGCACGACGUGGUGCCGGAGAUCAUGGACGGGAAGAACGUGGCUGAUUUCGUGGAUGCGGAUAUCCUGGCGCGGUUGGAGGAGCUGGAGAGGGAGGAAUGGGAGAUGGAGCAGCAGGCGGAGGGGGUGGGCGAGUCCGAGUGGGGCGAGGCGAUGGACGAUGAGGAGGAGGACCUCGCGCCUGAAGAGGCCGAAGCAUUGGCGGCUAUCAGGCUGAAGAAGAAGCGCCUCAUCACCCAUCGCCAUCGCCAGCGCAGCGUGACGGACUCGCGGCCAAUCCUGCCGCGCCAUACGGACACGGGGCGGCAGUUCACAGCCGAGCGCAUGCGGCAAGAACUCUCCUCCAUCGGCCUCGACCCCUCCGCUGCCCUCGCGCGUAUCAAGGCCGGCAAGACCGGGGAAGGCGGGGACGUUAGCGGCGGUGGAACGGUGGCCAAGGGGAGGAAGAGAAGCAGGUCGAUGGCUAGAGAUGGGAUGGAGGUGGAUGGGGAGGAGGGGAGAGGCAGGCGCGGGGUUUCGCGGGGCCGGGACGGGAAGCGGGACGGGGGGGCGGGGAGAGAGGAAGGGGAGGAGGGCGGGAUGGAGUUGGACGAAGGGAACGAGGAGAGGCUGAGGAAGAGAAUCCGGCACAUGUCGCGGUCUCGGUCGCAGUCUUUGGGGAGGAUAGGCGGGACGGCGUCGGCGUUGGCUGCGGAGGCGGUGCCUGGGGAGGGGUUCCGGGAUACGGAGCAGAAGGUGGGGGCGAUUCAGCUGGCGAGGAAGCAUGCAAAGAAGCGCAACGUGCAGAGCAGGAAGGGCGAGGCGGACCGCACGAUUGUGAACGUGCGCCCCAAGCAUCUGUUCGCUGGGAAGAGAGGCAUUGGGAAGACGGACCGGCGGUAG